AUGGUCGGCCACAAGCCUCAAGUGCUCUCCCUCCCCUCCUCAUCUCCCACCCCACAGCACCAGAACACGACCCUUAGGUUCCACUCGCCUUCUGUUACAAACACGAGCGUCAGGUUCGUCUCGCUGAAGGCUGCGGUUGCCUUGUCACGAUGCCCCAAAGCGCGCCUCAGGUUAGUUUCAGUCGAGAGUGCCAAGAGCCAGGUGGUCGCCGGCACCAAAUGGAGCAUCACUCUGCAAGCCGUCGCCCCAGCAGCGAACACCGGGCACAUCCGCAUCAAGCCACCCCUGACCACCUACGUGACCGAGGUUUUCGAGAAACCUACGGCAGCGGUAAAGCAGCCUGCGGGGGUAGCACACCUGGCAGUACAGCCGGUUGUAAAGAAGCCGGUGGUGGGCGAUGGGCAGACGUCGGGCGUGGCGCAGCCAGCAGUGGGCAAUGGACAGCCGGCGGGGGUAGCACAGCUGGUGGGAGACGGACAGACGUCGGGCGGAGCGCAGCCGGUGGGCGGUGGGCAGACGUCGGCGGUGAAACAGCCGGCGUUGGCGGAUUCUCUCAAGCUGGUCUCCUUUGCCAAGAAGAAAUGA